CACAAAUUUUGUCUAGUAAUUUUGUAUUUAAAUUGUGUACAUACGUAUAUAGGCUAGUAUCUUCAAAAUGUUAGAGUGGCACGGACAAAAAUUGUUUUGUGAAAAUGGGGUACAAGAUGUUAUUUGUAGAGGUUAUAUGAAUAAGGAUUGGUUUUCUGAAAUAUAAACUAGCAUUAGAAAUAUGGAGCAUUCCAACGAUCCUCAAGAGAAGAAUUUUCAACCAACUUUUACACUUUUUGGUGAACCAAUUAUUAAAACACGAUGUCAAAGGAAUGCUUUGAUAUCUGGCAUUUCUGGAGGUAUAUUAUCUGGAUUAGUAGCAUUUUUAUUCACAAGUCAACCGAGACGAUCAGUGUACAUAGGAUUUGGCGGUUAUUUAGCAAUAACGUUUUGUAUGACUUGUUAUUGUACAUAUGAUGAAUAUUCAUUGCGAAAACAAGCAAGACUUAUUAAGACAGCUAUAUAUGAAAUAAAUGCGUCAAAGAAAGGUUCUGAAUCCAGUAAUUCAAGCCUAAAAGUUGAAGACGCUUAAUAAUGAAAUGUUUUUCGAAUAAAAAGUACUACAGACUUGUAUGUAAUCUUCAUAUAAAAAAUACAUAAUAGAUGUAAUAGUACAAAUUUAUAUGAACCAAGUAUUUUGUAAUUUUAAUUCUGUAAAUAUAUUACAAUUAAAAGUAAAGUAAUACGGACUUGUGUUAAUUUUUACACUUACAAUUUUAAUUUUAUAAGUUAGGUCACUCCCACAUAAGAAGGACGUGUAUGUAUGUAUAUGAUUCAAAUCGGAAUGUCCCUAGAUUUGGAAAAAUUUUUUUCCGUUACAGACAGCGUGCGAAUCUCAAAUGUCUUCCAAUGCAAUAUCUCUAUUUGAUAUUCAUUUAUUACCAUAUACUACUCUAGCCUUGAACAUAAUAUAUCUUAUCUACUAUAAAAUAUUUAUUUCACACACUGUUCACUGUUUGAUAAAUUAUCAACAGAUAUGUAAAAAUGAAAAGGUCAACUCAAAUAAGAAUACAGAAAGCAAUAUAUUUAUACUUAUACUGAAUAACACACGAUAAUGUUUCUGAAAACAAUUUUAUUUCAUAGAAAUCCGAAUUAUUGUGAUCGUUGGAACUACAUUCUUUAACGUUGGUGUUACAUCAUAGUAAGAUGGAUUUAUCUAACGGCAUUAUCUGGUAUUACAGUUUACAAAUAAGGAAACUUGUAUUAUCAAUUACUCUGUGCUUAGAAAAGGAAUGGUGUAUACAUAUAAAAAUGAGUAAUGCUCUUGUUAAUAGGAGCAUUAUUUAACUGGAUUUAAAUAUAAAAGCACAAUAGAAAAAGUUAAAACAUUAUAACUUCACAGAUAAAUGCAUUAUAUACCAAUUAUGUAACACUCACUAUGAACUUUAGAAAUGCAAAUACUCACGAAAUUGCUUUCCUUAGAUACUAAAAUGCAAACAGUACACACAGAAGAAACUAUUUUAUGAAACUUUCCAUACAUAUGUUUAACUGUGCCAUACCAUUUAAAGGAGAAAUAUUGCAUGGAAGAAUGUGGAUCUAAAAUUAUUUUCACCUGUUUUGUAUUCAAUGUCAAUAUAUGAUAAAUGCAUUCCAUAUAGAGGGUAAGUAAUGAUUAAGUAAAAUUGAACAACUUUGUACUAAAAGAAAAAAAA